CUCCUUUGCAGAAAUGCAAGAAUAUCGCCCAUUUUCUUCGUCAUGGCGCUGGCGAUGUUGUACAGCUUUGUGGAAAACUACUAUUAUCAGUAUCCACCGGCAGUUCUGUUUUACCUGCCGCUGCUAAGGGAUGGCAAGCAUGGAGAACACGUCUAUUACAUGCCAUACAGCCACGUUCCCAGCUACUGCCUCGGAAUCGUUGCUGGCUUCUGGUAUACGACCAAAGUGUCACAUCAACUGCCUAAGCUCAAGGUGGCCUUUCUGUGGGUGGCAGCACUUUGCGCUAUCUGCAUCGCCCAGUUCGGCAGUGUCCUGUGGGCGGGAUACGAACACCCUUCAAGGAUCACGACGGCUCUGUACGCGGUCACACACCGAGGACUGUUCAGCGCGGGAAUAGCUUGGGUCAUCUACGCCUGCCUCACAGGCAGAGCCGGGUUCCUCACGAGCCUACUGGCAUGGCCUGGAUGGGCUCCGUUGAGUAGGCUUUCCUUCUCCGCAUACAUGAUUCAGGAUAUCGUGAUCCAGUAUGAGUGGAGAAGUCUUGCCAGCAGAGUUGACGGAGGCUAUUAUUUCAUGAUCGUUUUGGCUUAA